AUGUUUUCCUUUUACUCGAAAAUCAUCCAAAGGUCGCGACAAUAAAAAUUAUUUAAAAUGGCUUUGACUAGAUCUUUUUCUGGUCCAGGUGGAUUAAGUAUUAAUACUAAUUCUGCCAAUUCUUUGUUGUAAGUUCAUCCAAUUUAUUGCGCUCCGGGGAUUUAUUUAUUUUGUCGUGUCAACCCAUUGCCCAAGCUUUUUGUGGAGCAGAGAAAGCUAUCAAAAUAAUUCCAUUGUGAAAGAUUGCAAAGAAAGAACAUUGAAACGAAACAGAUAAAGAAAGAGCGAUUCUAACCUCAAUUCAGUAGCGGAUCAGGCGCGACCCAACCAGCAUCAGGAGGAAUGUUUGGAAGUACACAGGCUGCGAAGCCUUCAACAGGUCUUUUCGGCGCAACCACAACCACAUCUGCUUCUCAAACUGGUGGAUUAUUUGGUUCAACAACGUCAGCGGCUCCUGCAACCAGUAGUUUAUUUGGUUCGACUCCUGCAGCUGCGACUUCUGCGCCAGCAAGUGGAGGACUAUUUGGAUCUGCUCCCGCUCAACCUGCGACUAGUGGAUUGUUCGGAAAUACAAAUACUUCUCAACCGGCUCCGACUGGUGGUGGAUUAUUUGGUUCAACGACUACCGCGACAACAGCUCCUACAGCCAGUGGAUUGUUCGGAUCUGCGACCACUAGCAAUAACCAGACUCAAGGAGCUUCCGGUGGUGGAUUGUUUGGUGGUGGGUUCGGGGGAACACAAGCAAAUAAUCAGACAGCUGGCGCAAGUACAGGUGGUGGACUUUUUGGUGGUACCGCUACGUCACAACCGGCGCAGAAUGGAGGUGGAUUAUUUGGAAAUCUAAACCAAGCAAACCCUGCAGCAUCUGGAGGUCUCUUGUAAGCUCUCGUUGCGAAAAGAAAUUAUGAUACGUCAACUAACCAGCUCAGUGGAGCAAGUCAACAAACCCAGCCGCAGUCACAGCAACCCUCCUCUCUUUUCGGCGCACCCGCUCAAAAUCAACAACAAGGCCAAACAACCUACAACAUGCUGGGUGGUAGUCGUCUUUUGGGUCAAACCCAACAACCUCAACUCGUUCCAGGCGUCCAAAUUGAUCUUAGUCAAAUGCGCGGAACCACGAGAUUCAAUGAUCUUAAUGAGACCGUACAGAAACAAAUCGAACAUUUUGAUAAAGUGAUUCAAGAGCAAAUCGGUAUGAAAACGACUGCGAAGCCAUUAUGCCCCAGCAUGGCAAGCUUCUCGAGCACAUUCCCAACGACGUCGAAUUUUGCCGAAGGAAAUUACUCGGCAUGGAAGACGCCAUGGAACGCGACGCCGCAGACAUCGAUCAAGUCCGUCAAUUAGUCAAAAAGGAUGCCGACAAUGCAACUCUAAGUUUCCGCGCAAUUGACAAUCUAAAAUUACCUGCACCAUAUCAAACACCCGGCAUCUGGGCCACAAAAUCCACGAAUAAUCCCAAUAGUGCAGUCAAUGACGCUGAGGCUCAGGAUUUGGUUUCAUAUUUUUCCUCUACGGCUGAUGAAUUAGAUGCCACGCUCAAGAAAUAUCAUAGCAAUUUCUCAGAGAUUGAAGCACAUCUAAGGAGUUUAGAACAAAGCACAGCGCAACAAACACAAGCUCUACUUGCGCGCAGAAAUGGAAGAGCUUAUCAGCAGGAAAACCCGGUCCAGGAGUUGGGAUUGGCGCUUGUUGAGUUUGAGCAAAGCAUUUUACAGGUGGCAGGGAAGAUUGGCGCAAGUAGGGAACGCAUUCAAGCGUUGCAGCUGGGGAGUUUUACGGGACCUGGGGACAGAGACAGGAGGAAUGAAGCGCCGACGGGGUUUGGAGAUAGUGUUCAUGGGGGAAGUGUAAGGGGGAGAGGCGGUGUUUAUUGAGGAGUUGGUGUAUAUAGAGUGAACGGGCUGGGGCAUCCGUUCUAACGGGGACUAGAAAUUGAUGUAGGUGGAUGGAUGGGUGGAGUUCAGGAGUUUGGGUUUCGAGUAUAUGUGCUCGUACUUCUACGUAGCAUUCUUGUCGGUACUUUCACGAUAAAAGCAAGCAAAGUAUGCAUUGAUUGGAGAUAUUA